GCAGAUCCACUUUCACUUUUUGUAUUUCCACUCUCUGAAUAACUGUAUUUGCUUAGCAGAUUGAAGUAAUUGAAUAACAAUGUCAGAAAAUAAUACCCCAACUAAACCUCCAAGAAUGAGCCCUGGCAGCCCCAUCUCUGGAGGACUCACUCUCCAACUUCCAUCUCCUAUUGUCACGCGCCGCACUCGCACUCAUUCCACGUGUCAAAUUGCCCUUAGCAACCCAGAGGUGAUGGGCAAGAUUAAGUCUUUCUGCCGUAAGAAGGGCCACGGCUUCAUAACUCCGAAUGAUGGCGGGGAAGAUCUUUUUGUACACAUUUCUGACAUUGAGGGCGAGUAUGUGCCGCUGGAAGGCGACGAGGUGCGCUACAGACUCUGUCCUAUUCCACCCAAGCGCGAGAAGAUGCAGGCAACGCACGUCGAGAUUGUCAACUUCACGCCUGAAGUGCAUCUCAAAUGGGACUGUUUGUCAUCAGAGGGACUUUAAUUUUACUAGUAGUCCAUCAAAAAGUAUUACUAGUAAAAGUACUAGCAGGAGCCAACUAUUUCAUGGCUUAAAUUUUUGUUUGUGAACAAGAUGUCUGGCGAUGACUGUGUAAAAAACAUCUUCUAUGUCAUUUGAGAUUUGGGUGAUUACAUUGCGUUUGUGUACUCAUUGUCUGGGAGCAUGUGAUGUUGCUUACGACAACCUGGUAUUAUUCUUGAAUAGGUUCUUUCGUGAUAAAAACUACAACGCAGCAGGUAAACGCACCGAAGUUCAUUGUUGCCUUGCUCUGUGUUAGGGAAGCUGGCAGCUGCUGCUGAAGUUUUUGGCAUGACACGAUAUUAACGUGGGACGUUGCGUAUUCGUGGUGUGAAGUUGAGUCCUUUCUACAAAUUCUUCAUAUAGCAUUUCUGCAUUAAGAUAUGAAAAUUAUCUGAUUACCGCUGUUUUCCUAGCAUUGUAAGAAAGGAACGUCUUCACGAGGAACGUUUUGUUUAGGUUGAUGAGGGGGGCUUCUUGCAACAAAUUCAUUGGAGAGAAUAUCAAAGCUCAUGAGCAAUUCACUGAAUGAAGUAUCCAUGUAACAAUGCAGAAUGAUGCACUGCAGUUGUAUUGGUAUUGAACGUUAUUCUCCAUCCACCAUAAUAAAUUUCUGAAUGACCGAUUCUGUUUCAUAAAAAAUUUUGUAUUUUGAAAUUUUCAUUAUUUUAGAAUAGUUAUGGCAUCACGAUGCCAUACUCACAUUGUGUUGAGAUAGCUUUGUAGCUGAACUUCUGUCUCGUAUCCAACUUUGUGUGUAUGCAAUAUUCUAGAUAAUUUGAUGAUUUUUUUAUUUAUAAGUUUUUCCCUCAACCGUAGAUUUGAAAUUUGUAAGUUCUGUGAUACCUUGGGUAAUUCCUGUGGUUGCUAUUGAUGCACACUUUAUAGAUCACCUUCAACUAAUAUUGUGUUAAGUUUAUAUGAGAGUGUAAUUUAAAUCAUAGUUUCGAAAUCGGAUGUUUGUUUGGCUUGAAUAUUACGUAGUAAUACAAGUGCGUGGACAGUUUAUUUCAAUUAAUAACCUUUUCUAAUAGUAUAUACCCAAUUAACGAUAUAUGAAUAUUUUCCUGGAUACUUGACGACACAUUUUAAUUUGUUUACUCUCUAAAUUCGGUUUCUAGACGGCAUGGAUGUUUUGGCGAUUGAGCAUGGACUCAUAAUUCAUUUAAUGCUUCCGCAAUUCCUUUAUUUUUCUGAUGACAAUUAUAAUGUUACAGAAACCAAACUCUCAAUAUCAAUAAUAAUCUUGAUGCGUUUUUUUUUCUCGAAUUAUUGGCAUCUCUGCAACAUUGAUCAAUUCGACCAGACGAAAAAUUUGUGAACAUAAUGUUUACCUGAGCUGCGUUACAAUGAACUGGUGAAUGAGCUUGUCUUGCAUUCAAUGAUUACAUCCGGCAUGGAGGCUGGUAAGAAAGUUGAUCCGUCAUGCUUCAUAUUGGUCCGUGCUGGAGUGCCUUAUUUUUGUAACUUCCUCCCAAGACUUGGCACCAUUGCCCGGGUACCAGGUUUUGAACGUGUCAGAAUAUCUUACUGCCAGGAGUGAGCAUGAGAAAAAAGUAUCUUGGCUCGUAUGGUUUUGUUAUGGCGCAAUGAAGUGAUCAAGAAGUUGAUUCGGAAGCAGCUCACAAGAUUUCCAUAUUUUUGUGUAGUUGCAAUGAAUUGGCAUGUCUGUAUCUACAAUAACUUCAGCACAUUUCGCAAAUGUCUGUGGUUAUAUAUUCCGUAAGAGAUUAUUUUUGUAUUUUAUCUGGUUUACCCUUCAUUUUAUACUAUACUUUUGCCCUUAUACAUACGUCACCAUUGUUACUGAAUAUUUGUUCUGAUUUUCACUGCUCCUGAGAUUUACUGAGAUAGUUGAUAUCCCAUGUUUUAUUUUAUCUGCGCAUCUCAUGAUAUGGUUAAUCGCAGUUGACGUACAUUUAUCUCGAUUGCCUACUCCGUCUCUGAUAUGUUUAUUUUUUUCUCAUUCUUUUAAUUAAUAGAUAACUAUUGUUGAAUUAAGAGUUUAUUUGUGCGCUGUCACGUUAUGCUGAGGCCUGUUUUCGUAUUUUCUGAGACUUGUUCCUUCAUUCAAAGACGAUGGAUGAUGUAUAAUUGCUUUUAGGUUCCCACGAAAGUGCGAAUAGAAGAGAUGCCAGUGAAGUUCUUUCAACAACUUCAUAGGAUCAUAGAAUUUUGUAUUGUAUUCCACAUCGAUAAUUUUCAUCGUUUACUAAUGUAAACUUCCUCACCAAUUUCCGUAUGCUAUUUGUCGGUAAUUAUACACAUCUUUAAUAUUUGGACUGCUCGGACGUCGUCAAGGAUGUAAUUACUCUGAUUCUAUGGUAGUGACCAAUGAGCUCGGGAUCACUAGUGUUGGUUCCCAUUUGUUAAUGCUGCAUUACUAUCAAACUAGGCUGUUGGAAGUGGACGUUAGCUGAAGUCUCUUGGGAGUUCAUUUGAGCAACACCAUUAAUAUUUCAGUAUCGUAUUACUUUCCAUGAUAUUUUUAUUUACUAUUAUUUGACGAUGGUUAGGCUGUGUUGUGCUUGGGUCAAAUGUUUCGACUCGUAACGUGACUGAAUGUACUGGAUCCGAAUUGCUUGAUCAGAGAGCUCAUUCAGGGCUGUGUUAUCUUGAUGAAAAGAAUCAGACGCUCACACAACGAGGAAGUAGUUAGAUAAUACCCAUUCCAUGUCAGACGAUUUCUCAAUUGAAAAUGCUGAAUGAGAAUAACGGCAAAGAAGCGGAAGAACAUCGAUCAAUAGUGCAGAGCUUGGGAUAAGCUUGAGCAUUCAAGAUUUUUGAUGUUACGCAGCUCAUGAUCAAAAGCAGACUCAGAGGUAGUAUGAGAAUCACGAUGUUCGUGCUUUUUUUUCUAUGGAUUGUAAUGUAAACAUCGAAGAUCUUUAGAGAAAUUUGUAGAAUGUCAACGAAAAAAUUAUAUCCCUUAGCUCAUCAUUAGCAAGUAGAAGAUUGUUGCUAUUUAUGUUAAUACUACCUAUCAUUUGUGAGAUAAUUUCGUCCUAUUUUAGGCUCCGUUCAUUGACAUGGCUGGAAAUUGGAUGUCUGAGCCGAGCUCUCAAAUUGAACUCUUUUGCAUUCUAGUUUCUACCUCAUUUCAUUUUUGUUGUUCUGUUGAUUUUAACCUUGUUCCUCAACGCGUUCGAAUUAUUCUAUUAAUGUUUAAUCCCGAUAGCGUGGCGAGAUUGCAUGAUUUAUUUAAGUUCCGAUCAAAACGUAUCUUUAGUUACCAUUUGAAUUGUAUUGCGUAUAUUGAGAUUAAAAAUUUGCUUAGC